CAUUUUUGUCAAACUUUUCUCUUAUUAAUAUUGCAAAAACAAGAUAAUUAAGUAACUGAAAUUAAUUCCACGAGGGGAAAAUAGUGCAGCGGCUUAUGCUUCAAGGAAUACCAUAAAUCCAAAUUGAAUUUAUCUAAGAACUUGUACACAAUAAUCUGAUGUUUACAAUAUGAUUUGAUGCAGGGAUUUUUUUGAUAUACAACUAGACUUGGAUAAUGGAGAUUUCAGGCUUCAGAAAUUUAGCUGAUUUGGUUAAUCAACAUGUGAACGAUCCUUUACCUGUAGAUUUCCAGUCUUCAUUUUAUGAAGGUUUGAGUCACAACUUUGAGCAAGCAUGUGAAUAUGAUGACAGGCCAUUAAUGAAGCAGUUCAGGACGAGUUCACACAUGCCUGCAACCACUCUUCAGUUUGACGUUAUUCCAACUUGUGAUGGAGUAGUUUGGAUGAACCCCAAAGAUGAAGCGUUGGUCGCGUCUAAGCCAAUCCCUUUCCACCAGCAUCACAGUCACAACAAGCUUGCCGACCAUUCUUUAGCAGAGAGAAAGAGGAGAGAGAAGAUCGGCAAGAGGUUUGCAGCCUUGUCUGCUCUAGUCCCUGGACUCAAGAAGAUGGACAAGGCUUCUAUUCUGGAAGAUGCGAUUGAGUACAUGAAGCUGCUGGAGGAGAAAGUAAAGGGGCUCGAGGAGAAAGCUAGGAAGAGAAGCAUGGAAUCAGUGGUGUUCACCAUCAACAAAGACGACGAAGACGAAGAUGACUUCCCCCUAAUUAGGGCAAGAUUCUAUGAUAAAGAGAUGCUCAUAAGUAUUCACUGUAAGAGAGGGAGAGGGGUGUUUGAGAAAAUUGUUGGUGAAAUUGAGAAUCUGCAAUUUUCUAUUGUUAACAGCAGCCUCAUGACUUAUGGAGAUUCUUCUCUCAGCAUAACACUAAUAGCUCUAGCCCAGAAAAAUGACGAAGAAGACAGCAUGAGCAUGGAGCAGCUUGUCAGGAAUUUACGAGGUCUUCUCAAAAUAAUCUUGUGAAAUAAUAGUACUCCAUAUGCCUUGAAUUUGUGGGAGCCAUAAUAAUAUAUAUACAUAUUUAGGUUAGGCCUAUUUUGUUUUCCUUUUCAAAGACCACAAAUUAUAUUGGUUGGGUGAGGGGUGUUAUUCAUAAUCUUCGCUUUGCUUUAGUAUAUAUAUGUUUAAUUAGCAGAUUUUCUUUUUAAAGGGCUGUAUGUUAGGACUUAUAUAGGCAUGUGUUUUAUAUCGAUAUAUAUGUGUGCACUUUUUCUUGAA